AUGGAUCAAAUGCAGUACACUGGGUUGCAAUGCAGUAUACUAUAUUUGGAGUGCGUGGUGGGGUUCGUUACAACUGGAUACCGUUUUCAGUCUACAACGGUAUUGUCUUACGGGUUCGUAAUAGGAAAAGAAUUUAAAGUUUCAAAAGGAAUUCAAUUUGCUUUUCGAGCGGUUGUUUUGGGAGAAAAAGGAAUCUUUAUUGUCGGUGGAUUGCAACAAACGAUCCCUCUUUUCUUAGACAGUCGCUUGCGAUUACAUUUACUCGCGCUCUCUCUUGACAUAGCUUUCAUUCAUUCCCAAAGUUAG